UCCUACAGCGAUCAAACACACGCAAUACAGACUGUACGGAACUGCACGCUACGCGUUCGCUUUAUGUCGCUAGGGGAGCCGACACGCGCGUGCCCGUGAGCGAAGCGCGCCACCGAGAGCGAGCCGCGCGCUGCGACUAGGAAGCGGGCGGACGGCGCGAGACUCCAUAAGAAGAGAAACAGCGAAAGUUCCGCUGGAAAACAACUUUAUGUGACGCGCGCGUGGGCAGGCUGGAGGCUGGCGCGGACGCCGCAGCGGAAGGUUUCCUCCCAUCCAGGCUCCCCAUUUCGGCGACAAUGGAUGAAUGCAGCGCAAGGGUUUGGCCGCGCCUCGAACCCUUCUUGCUCGGGGCGCUUCAGGUGGCGCCUCCUUCCAAGCUGAGCCUGCACUACCUGCGCAAGAUGGCCACGUACGUGCGCACGCGGGACGGCUGCUUCCCCCACCUGGGCUGGCCCAUGUGGCGCCACAUCGCCUGUGGCAAGCUGCAACUGUCCGAGGAGCUCGCCUGGCUCUACUUGGAGACCUUCGACCUGCUGCGGCCCCACACGCCUGGUCAGAGGCUGGAGUGGGCCGAGGGCCUGUCGCAGUGCGCUACGCCCAGGGAGCUGGACAGGAUGCGCAGUAGGCUCUCCGUGAACACGCUGCAGUUCCUGCUGUUCCUCCACAUGCAGCAGUUCAAUCGGAUGUCUCUGCGCACCUCCCUCAUCGGGGAGGAAUGGCCGAGUUCGCGGAGCACGUCGCCGUCCUCCUCCUCGGAACGUGAAACGAAAGCCAGUUCUCCGAGCAAGAACUGGGAUGACCAGGCGCACAUGACCUUCAUCCAGAGCCACUUGGCGGAGCUGCUCGAGCUGUUGGUGGAGCCGGGGCAGCUGAGCGCAUCGGGCCAGGUGGUGCAGGACAGCCACUUGUCCCAGGAUGCCCUGCAGGGACUCGGCUUCCUGCUGGAGGGUUCGCUGGGCCAAGGCGGUGCGGUGCGGCCCCUGCACCGCCUUCUGGCUCACGAUGCUGUCCGAGUCCAGGCUGGGUACUCCAAGCUGAGCCGCUCGUUCUCCUUGCGACGCCUGCAGGCUUGGCUGCAUCGGGCGCUGAGCCUCAACCCCUUUGGAGUGUCUGCCUGCCUGCGCUCCGGGAAGAAGUUGGCUUGGGUCCAGCAAGUGGAGGGCGCUAUGAGGAGAGCCAGGAUUGCACGGAACACUCCUGCAGCUCCGCCGGGCAGCAAGGUUGUGGUGAUGGCCCAGGUGUUCCGUCAGACGCUCGCCAAGGACUCGGAGAAGCUGAAGGGGGCCAACGUGAAAGUGCACCGCUGCAGCGAGGCCUUCAUCUACCUGCUCUCCCCCCUCAGGUCCGUGAGCCUGGACAAGUGCCGCAACAGCACAGUGGUGUUGGGCCCGGUGGAGAUCGGCGUGCACGUGCAGAACUGCGAGAAUGUGCGGCUGGUGUGCGUGACGGGCCGCUUGACGGUGGGCUCCUCGUCCUCCUGCACCUUCCACAUCCUCACUCCCACCCGGCCCCUGCUGCUGCCCGGCAACGUGGCGCUUGUGCUGGCACCAUUCCACACGCAUUACCCUUCCCUGGAGGACCACAUGGCCUCUGUGGGCCUGGCCGUGGUGCCGAACGCCUGGGACCGGCCGCUCUUGCUCGGUGCCGAGGGCGCGGCUCCCGAUCGCACCCCUUACCGCCUGCUGCCGCCGGCAGAGCUCUGCCCCCUGGUGGUGCCCUUUAAGAUGGAGGGGGACACGUGCGAGGUGCCCGGAGGGUUGCCCCCACUUUACCAGCAAGCGCUUGAGUGCCGGGAGCAGCGGCUGCAGGACUGGCUGAAGAUGGUGAAGGAUGCGGAUCUCAAUAAAGAGCAGCGGAGAACCUUCCAGACCCUGGUGGAGCACAAGUUCCACGAGUGGCUGCUGGAGUCCGGCAACAGGCAGCAGCUGGACAGCCUCGUUCCGUCGUCCGAGGACGCCUCCACGUAUACGGGUGGCCCCGAUGCGAGCCGUCCGGACCGAAGGGAGGCGGUGAUGCGGAUGCCUACCGCCUGCUGAUGAAGGCACCAGCUCCGGGGCGACAUCGCUUCACUCCUCGCUGAGGGUGCAGGGAGACGGUGCAACUCCACUCUCCAAUUUGUGGGGCACUGCCAGAGAAACGUGCCACGUCUCUCUCUUCCCCUGUGCCGUGGCCUUCGAACUGCCCCCUUGGCAGCAUUUCUCUUGAGCGCGUGGAGCAACGCGAGUGCUGCAUUAUCGUCUCACGAUUCGUAGCAGACCUGAGAAACACAAAGGGAGAUUCCAAAGUGUCAUUUUCCUCUGAAUUUACCACUGUACAUUUUACAGGAAAUGUUUUGUACACCCGCCUUGCGCUGUAAAUCACUCUACUUGUCUCUAUUGAAUACCAAGUAUUUCAGCUGUAGUGUUUCUGUUUUGCUGUAGCAGCACUGAUCUGUUUUGUAAGAGCACAAUGAAUAAAUUUGUAUUUCUGACAA